GGAGGGUGCAGGAGAUGGAAGGAGGGGAAAGAAGAGAAGACAAAAGAUUCGUAAAACUAAAGCAGUUGUGGACGACAGCAAAAGUUCUCGUAAAGUUCACCUCUUACAAGUUGAAGGAAUGGGCAGCCUCCCAGUGGUCCUGCUCCUCUGCAGUUUCCACGCACUCGCAGCUGUAGCCCAAGCCCAGCAGACCGAGAGUGCCGAGGAAGGCACGGCUUUACCUGCCAACUGUAGGGAGGAGAUGUAUCCCUGCACCAGGAUGUACUCAGUCCACAGGCCCAUCAAGAGAUGUCUUGGCAACCUUUGUCUCUACAGCCUUCCUCGUGUCUACGUGAUAAACAAUGAGAUCUGUAUGAGGACAGUGUGCCAACAGGAUGAGUAUCUGAAAGCUGAACUGUGCAGAGAGCUGUCCGGCUGGCCCAAACGUAUUGCUAGGUCAUCUACUAGGAAACGCUGUCUCAGUCGUCGUAGCAACCCCAAAACCUGGGCAAACAAGGCCUGAUGUUGCCCAGAGUGUUGACGUGACAACCAGGGAAGAUCACGCCUUGGGGGCAUUGUACCAUCAUAAAUUCAAAGCUCUGCUCCUGGUGGUCUUUUUAUUUUUAUUUUACAGAUACACAUAAAUAAUGAGUCAUAUCUACAUUAAUGUAUUAGUUUUUUAAUUGUGUGUGAAUUUUGUUGUGUUUGUUUCAUCUAUGCGAUGUUGGACACAGAUCAUGUCUUCUAUGGUUUACGAUUCAUUUACUAUUUCAAGUACUGUAGUAAUGCGCUCAUAGUAGCACUGAUUCAUUUUAUUGUAGAAAAGUAAGAGAAAAAGUUGGUUUGUAAAGUACUAAUUGAAAAUAAAAUAUGUGCACUAUCUUAACCAGUCCAAUAAAAUGGUUUGUGAGCGAUU